CCGUAUAAAGGUGUCAGUACGCCAGUCAGUCAGUGGUAGUGUCGGGAUCGCUUCGGCGCCGUGUCCACCUCUGAGGAGCCAUGUCUGCGUGUGGGCGACUGCUGGUGGCGGCGGCGGCGGUGGCGGCCGCGUCCUGUUCGCCCCAGUACGGCGCUCCGCCCGUCUCCUCCGGCACUCAGAGCUAUGGAGCUCCUCUGGAGAGCGCCGCCGCCGCGCAAGGCUUCGGCAGCGCUACCAACUUCCCCCAGAACAACGGGGGAGGCUUCGGUCAGGGCGGCGCCGCUGGGUUUGGAGGCAACAACGGAGGUCGGUUCGUUUCUUCUAGCGCAGGAGCAGGCCCGGCGAAUUCGUUCGACGGCCAGGGCAUGCCGUACAACUUCGACUGGGCCGUCCGGGAGCCCGAUUACGGCAACGACUUUGACCACCAGGAGGAGUCGGACGGCGUGCUGACGUCGGGUCAGUACCGGGUCAACCUGCCCGACGGCCGCGUCCAGAUCGUCACCUACACGGUGGAGGGAGACAGCGGCUUCCAGGCGACCGUCACCUACGAGGGUGAGGCCCAGUACCCGCCGGCCGGAGCCGGCCAGGGGGGCGGCGGUGGCUUCAGCCAGGGCGGCAGCGGCUUCAGCCAGGCUCUUGGAGGAGGUUUUAGUCAGGGUGCCAGCAGUACCUUUGGUCAGCAGAGUACAAACUACAACCAGCAGGGCGUCGGUAGUGGAUUUCGGCACCAGGAGGGGAGCAGAAUAGCAUCAACACCGUCGACAGCGUAUGGUGCCUUCUAGGACUUGCUGAUGAAAUACACUCCCGAGUUCCUUCAAUAAAUGUGCGGUGUGGAUUUGCUUAUUGUUCUCACAAGUUUCAUGUAUAUUGUAUAUCCCUUAUCGCGAAGACUGUAUCGGUGCACUGUGCAUUUGACGUGUUUACAAGGGUUUAUUCGACGAGCUUUCGAUGCUGAUUUAGUGGUCCAAGAAAUAU